AACUGGAAAAGGAGGACAAACGUUGAACCUGCAGUCCUGAACCUGGCUCAACCCAAAGCUUUCUAGACAUUACUAGACUCUUCCCCGUUCCAUUUCCUUCGUCUUCGAACCUUCUACCGUUUCACUACACUCUCCAUUAAUCACUAUCAUCAUCACUUGUCCCAAACGAAAGCCGUUUACCAGCAUAGACCGAACUUCUGAAGCACUUGCUCUUCCUUUCUAGAAGAAUCAUGUUCGGUGUAGUCUUCCCCAAUCGGAGCUUCCCUAUGGACAUUUCCUCCUUCUCCCAAAUCGACACCUUCCAUUGGAUACUCGACAUGAACACUUUCGUAGGUGAGGCCUACGAUCAAAUCCGCGAAGUCUGCAUAUUCCUCUUAAACAAUUUCACUCUUCCCCCCGACAAAGCCCUAGCUGUAUACAUUCAGGCUCCUGGUUCUCCUUUUCAAUUCUGUGGCGCUGUCACUCUAGCACGUCCCUCUGCCGUCCUCUCUCUCAAUUGGCCUGAGCCUGGUGGACAGUUGCAGCUUACGGCACCGGAUGCUGCCCCACUGUCUGCUAAAAUAGGGGUUUCUGUCGAGGACUUGGCUUCACUGCCGUCGUUAGAUGUUGCCGCGGAGAAAAGGAUCGAAAGACUUGCUAUGAAAGUCGGGGAGAAUUUGUUUAAUUAUAUGCAGUCAUUUUGUGGAGUUGAUGGGAGCAGGUUGAUUGUUCCUAUGGAUAUUUUGGACCGAUGGUUUAAGAAGUUUCAGGAGAGGGCUAAACGUGACCCCGAGUAUUUGAAGGGCUUCGAUUUGUAAUCUUUAAAUUUCAAGAAGCGAAGACUUGGUUUCCGGCAAGCUGUAUUGCCAAUGGAUUCGCAUAAGAAUAAUAAAUUCUCACUGGCAAUUAGAGGUUCAAAAGAACAUCCCAAAAUUAAUGUCUCGAGUAAAGUUGCAAACCAUAAAGAUUUCUGUUUAUGAAUUCCUUUUCUUUCUUAAAAGAUAUGCCAUAUAUUAAAAGUUGUUGAAAUUACAUGUUUUAGAUAUAAUAACCAUAUAUAGGUAGCAUUCUACAUAUUAGGGCCUCCCUUCAAAACCUAGGCAAUUAGCAGGAGACCUGCUAAUUUUUUUCCUAACUACUGAUAUUCUGACUUGAAGAUCAAUCAAGUUGGUUUUUUUUUUGGGGGUACAGUUACAGGACAUGAAUUGAUGCUUGCCUGUUAGAUCUAAAGCUGCUGCGGGAUUGUCUAAAUAUCUUCCAAGAAGUGGGAGGUGUGUAUGUUGGGCUGCCAUUCUGUAGGAGCUUUGAUCAUUUGAAUGCUACUAUUUGAAAGUGAGUUAAGGAAAAUUUAGAUUUUGCGUCAUGAUUAUUUUGCUGAAAUUUCUGUCAUAAAAGCAGGAAAGUGAGAAGAGGAAAGAAAUAUUUUGUGAUUGUGAUUCUGAACUUUUACACGAGCAGAGUAACUGUGAACCUUUGUUAAGCUUUAAAAAGUUGUUGAGAUGUAAAUUGCAGAUUCCAUGAACAAAUGACUCGAUUGGUUACCAGUUUAAAUUUUAAAAAGAAAAGGGUUCUAUUUUUA